GCAAUUUUCUGACUCGAAAUAGCUCUACUUCGUUAUGGAGGUGUAAGCGUUGGUGUGUUGUCAGUGAAUCCUUUCCACCAUGCAUCUGUAUUCUCUGACUCUUCAACGAGCUUCUGCAAUCACACGUGCUAUACAUGGAAAUUUUUCUGGCACAAAAUCGCAGGAGAUUGUUGUGACACGUGGAGGGUCGAUUGAGCUGCUUCGUCCUGACCCAAACACUGGUAAAGUGAUACCUGUGUUGGCUGUGGAAGUAUUUUGUGUGGUCAGAGAUAUAGCCCCAUUUCGUUUGACUGGUGGAAGUAAAGACUAUAUUGUUGUUGGAUCUGAUUCUGGCAGAAUUGUUGUCUUAGAGUAUAUUCCGUACAAAAAUGUAUUUGAAAGGGUUCAUAUGGAGACCUUUGGAAAAAGUGGUUGUAGAAGAAUUGUCCCUGGUCAAUAUCUUGCUGUUGAUCCUAAGGGGCGAGCUAUUAUGAUUGGUGCUGUUGAAAAACAAAAACUUGUAUACAUUAUGAAUCGCGAUGCUGCUGCCAGACUUACUAUAUCAUCACCACUUGAAGCACAUAAAUCUCAUACUUUGGUGUUUGACAUCACUGGAAUUGAUGUUGGCUUUGAAAAUCCAAUGUUUGCUUGUCUUGAAUUGGAUUAUGAGGAAGCAGACCAAGAUCCGUCUGGUGAAGCAGCUCAAACAACUCAACAGACUGUAACAUUUUAUGAACUUGAUCUAGGUUUGAACCAUGUCGUGAGGAAAUACAGUGAACCACUUGAAGAGAGAGGAAAUCUUCUCAUUUCAGUUCCCGGAGGUAGUGAUGGACCAAGUGGUGUUCUAGUUUGCUCUGAGAAUUAUUUAACAUAUAAAAACUUUGGUGAUCAACAAGAUUUACGAAUGCCCAUACCUCGACGAAAGAAUGAUGUUGAUGAUCCAGAGAGAGGAAUGAUCUUUGUAUGUGCUGCUACACACAAAACAAAGUCCAUGUUUUUCUUUCUGUUGCAAACCGACCAAGGAGAUAUAUUUAAAUGUACCCUUGAAACAGAUGAGGAGAUGGUGAUGGUUACUGAAAUACGACUUAAAUAUUUUGAUACCACCCCAGUGGCAUCGUCAAUGUGUGUGUUGAAAACUGGCUUUCUGUUUGUUGCAUCUGAAUUUGGAAAUCAUUAUUUUUAUCAAAUUGCUCAUUUGGGUGAUGAUGAUGAUGAACCAGAGUUUUCAAGCAACAUGGAACUUGAAGAAGGAACAACAUUCUUUUUUCAACCAAGAACUUUGAAAAAUCUUGUCCUUGUUGAUGAGUUAGACAGCUUGGCACCUAUUAUGUCCUGUCAGAUUGCAGAUCUUGCCAAUGAGGACACACCACAGUUGUACGCGGCGUGUGGUCGUGGUUCGCGAUCUUCACUACGUGUAUUGAGGCAUGGUUUGGAGGUAUCUGAAAUGGCUGUGUCGGAGUUACCUGGUAAUCCUAAUGCCGUUUGGACUGUAAAAUUGAACAAGUCUGAGGAUUAUGAUUCUUAUAUCAUUGUGUCAUUUGUGAAUGCUACCUUGGUUUUGUCCAUUGGUGAGACAGUUGAAGAAGUUACUGAUAGUGGCUUUCUUGGUACAACUCCUACUUUAUCUUGUUCGUUGCUUGGUGAAGACGCUUUACUUCAGGUCUAUCCUGAUGGUAUUAGACAUAUUCGUUCGGACAAACGUGUCAACGAGUGGAAAUCUCCUGGCAAGAAAACCAUCGUGAAAUGUGCUGUGAACGCGAGACAAGUUGUGAUAGCGUUGAGUGGAGGAGAACUUGUCUACUUCGAAAUGGAUCAGUCCGGUCAAUUGAACGAAUACACUGAACGUAAGCAAAUGUCAGCAGAUGUGAGUUGUAUGGCUCUUGGUAGCGUUCCUGUUGGUGAACAGCGAUGUCGAUUUCUUGCUGUUGGCUUAAAUGACGACACUGUCAGAAUUAUUUCCCUAGAUCCACAGGAUUGUUUACAACCAUUAAGUAUGCAGGCUUUACCAGACUCAGCGGAGUCGUUGUGUAUAGUUGAAAUGGGUGGAAAGGAAGGUAAUGAAGAGACUAGAGAAGGUGGAGGUUUAUCUGGAUUAUUUCUUAACAUCGGACUAGAGAAUGGUGUAUUGUUGCGAACUGUUUUGGAUACAGUCACGGGUGAUUUAUCUGACACCAGAACUCGGUAUCUUGGAUCUCGACCUGUCAAACUUUUCCGCGUUAAAAUGCAUGGAUCCGAUGCAGUUCUGGCGAUGUCAAGUCGUUCUUGGCUUAGUUACUCCUACCAAUCACGGUUUCAUCUCACGCCUUUAUCGUAUGAAAGUCUUGAGUAUGCUUCUAGCUUUUCAUCUGAACAAUGUCCAGAAGGAAUCGUUGCCAUCUCGGCCAAUACUUUGAGGAUUUUAGCGCUUGAGAAACUCGGUGCAGUUUUUAAUCAGAUUUCUCAUCCAUUGAAAUACACACCGCGAAAGUUUGUCAUUGAUUCUGAGAGUAACAGUCUGAUCAUUAUUGAGACUGAUCACAACUCCUUCACGGAUAAAGGAAAAGCAGACCGUAAACAGUUGAUGGCAGAGGAAAUGGUGGAGUCCGUAGCUGAUGAAGAUAAGGCAGCAGUUGCUCAGGUUGCUGCAGAAUUUUUACAGGAAGAUUUACCUGAACAGCAGUUUGGAGCCACUAAAGCCGGUCCAGGAAUGUGGGCUUCCGUGAUCAGAGUAUUUGAUCCAAUCAAGGGGGAGACAUUGGAUCUAGUUGAAUUAAAGCAAAACGAAGCAGCAUUUAGUGUGUGCGUCUGUCGUUUUGCGUCGAAAGGCCCAGACGAGACGUACAUCUUGGUGGGAACUGCAACUGAUAUGACACUCAAACCCAGGAGUUGCUCCGGUGGCGCAAUACAUACAUACAAACUAGUUACAAUGAUGAAUUACGGUGGACAGAAAUUGGAAUUAGUGCACACGACAGAAAUGGAUGAUAUACCUUCGGCAAUAGCAUCCUUUCAGGGUCGUGUAGCUGUUGGUGUUGGACGAUUUUUGAGAAUAUACGACUUAGGGAAGAAGAAACUUCUUCGAAAAUGCGAAAACAAGAAACUUCCUAAUUUGAUUGUUGGACUUCAUUCUGUUGGUCAAAGAAUUGUCGUGAUGGACGUUCAAGAAUCUUUUCUCUUCGUGCGAUAUAAAGCACAUGAGAAUCAACUUGUUAUUUUCGCCGAUGAUAUCAAUAUACGAUGGAUGACGUGUCAAUGUCUUCUUGAUUUUAACACGAUGGCUGGAGCGGAUAAAUUUGGAAAUAUUUUCGUGGUUCGUCUUCCAACGUCGACCUCAGAUGAAAUAGACGAAGAUCCAACCGGCAACAAGGCAUUCUGGGAUAGAGGCCUAUUACAUGGAGCUCCUCAGAAGGCAGACACUAUAUGUAAUUUCUUCAUCGGUGAAACAGUGUUAUCUCUUCAGAAAGCAACGCUCAUUCCUGGAGGAUCCGAAUCCUUGGUGUAUACGACAAUUUCUGGUCGUGUCGGAAUGCUCGUUCCAUUCACUUCUCGCGAGGAUAUAGACUUCUUCCAACACUUGGAAAUGCAUUUACGUUCUGAGAAUGCACCGCUGUGUGGUCGUGAUCAUCUUAGUUAUAGAUCUUACUUCUUGCCUGUCAAGAAUGUUAUUGAUGGUGAUCUUUGUGAGCAGUUUAACUCCCUCGAUUCCAGUAAAAGACGUAAUAUUGCUGAAGAAUUAGAUCGAACGCCUGCCGAGGUAUCAAAAAAACUAGAAGACAUCAGAACGAGAUACGCUUUCUAAAUCUAUUUUAAAACCUAUCUCUUAUAUUCUAUCCGUAAGCUUAUUGAUGUCCGUGUUUAAAGCUCGUGAUUACUGUUUAAGCGAAUGUAAAUAACGUGUGAAGUCUUUAACUUUUGAACUUUCGCAUAAAAGCUUAAGUGUUGUUAAAUAGAUACUAUCUGAUGAUAUCAACAAAAUGUGUCAAAUAUUUGUUUUA